AGCCCCGGCUCCCGAAUCCCGCGCGGAGCGGAGGAGGGGCGGGGCGUCGGCCCCAGCUGAGCUAUCCUGUCCGACCGCGCCAGUUUGAAUGAAAGCUCUACAAGAUGGCGGCGGCCGGGCCCGAGGCGCGAGGAGCUUGGUGUGUGCCUUGCCUAGUUUCACUUGAUACUCUUCAGGAAUUAUGUAGAAAAGAAAAGCUCACAUGUAAAUCGAUUGGAAUCACCAAAAGGAAUCUAAACAAUUAUGAGGUGGAAUACUUGUGUGACUACAAGGUAGUAAAGGACAUGGAAUAUUAUCUUGUAAAAUGGAAAGGAUGGCCAGAUUCUACAAAUACUUGGGAACCUUUGCAAAAUCUCAAGUGCCCAUUACUACUUCAGCAAUUCUCUAAUGACAAGCAUAAUUUUUUAUCUCAGGUAAAGAAAGGCAAAGCAAUAACUCUUAAAGACAAUAAUAAAGCUUUGAAACCUGCCAUUGCUGAAUAUAUUGUAAAGAAGGCUAAACAAAGGAUAGCUCUACAAAGAUGGCAAGAUGAACUCAACAGAAGAAAGAAUCAUAAAGGAAUGAUAUUUGUUGAAAAUACUGUUGACUUAGAAGGCCCACCUUCAGACUUCUACUACAUUAAUGAAUACAAACCAGCUCCUGGAAUCAGUUUAGUAAAUGAAGCUACCUUUGGUUGUUCAUGUACAGAUUGCUUCUUUGAGAAAUGUUGUCCUGCUGAAGCUGGAGUUCUUUUGGCUUAUAAUAAAAACCAUCAGAUUAAAAUCCCACCUGGUACCCCCAUCUAUGAAUGCAACUCACGAUGUCAAUGUGGACCUGAUUGCCCCAAUAGGGUUGUACAAAAAGGCACACAGUAUUCCCUUUGCAUCUUUCGAACUAGCAAUGGCUGUGGCUGGGGUGUAAAAACACUUGUGAAGAUUAAAAGAAUGAGUUUUGUCAUGGAAUAUGUUGGAGAGGUGAUCACAAGUGAAGAAGCUGAAAGACGGGGCCAGUUAUAUGACAACAAAGGAAUCACAUAUCUCUUUGAUCUAGACUAUGAAUCUGAUGAAUUCACCGUGGAUGCAGCUCGAUAUGGAAAUAUAUCUCAUUUUGUGAAUCACAGUUGUGACCCAAAUCUUCAAGUGUUCAAUGUUUUCAUUGAUAACCUUGACACUCGUCUUCCUCGGAUUGCAUUAUUUUCCACAAGAACCAUAAAUGCUGGAGAAGAGCUGACUUUUGAUUAUCAAAUGAAAGGUUCGGGAGAUAUAUCUUCAGAUUCUAUUGACCAUAGCCCAGCCAAAAAGAGGAUCAGAACUGUGUGCAAGUGUGGAGCUCUGACUUGCCGAGGUUACCUCAACUGA